AUGGAAAAUAUGUUCGAUAACGAACUUUGUUUGCUUGCUCAUGGUAAUUCAGGCUACAUUUGGUGUGAACCUCCAUCUAGUGAACUAAGCUACGGACAAGAAUCACAAGGACAAUAUCAUCAACCACACCAGAAGAAGAAAAGAUGUCAUGGCAAUCGUAAACUACAACAUUUUCGACGAAAGUGUCGUACUAGACAAACGGAAGAAAAAGACGACAAAAUGAACGUUUUUUCUGUUAGUGAAUCUAAUAGCAAGGUUGAAUUACCAUUAUCGAACCAUAAUCAGAAUGCUCGACAGAUACAUGAACAUAAUGAAACUAGUUCGAUGGGCAAUGUUAUCACGAAUUCUAUUCUAUUAACAUCUUCAAGUCCAAAACAAACUUAUCAUCUAAUACCAAAUAUCAAAAUGAACAGUACAACAAAUAAAAGUUCUAUAUCUACUGAUAAAUGGAAAACAUCACGCCAACUCGUACCAAACUAUUUAAAAAUGUCAAGUCGCCUCUUUAUGGAUUUAUUAUGUAUGAAUUUGACAAGUCAUCAGAAUAAAAUAAAACAUUGGCUAAUACAUACAAAACAAUUACAAUGUUUUCGUCGACACGCUGAAUUGCUCAACAAUAUAUUACUUCUCGAAAGCGAACAAGAUUAUUGGGAAACUAUUACUGAUUCAGCUCGAAUCGAACUCAUUUGGUUGUCAAAGAUGUCUAAAGAUACAACAAGAAUAAACUCUAUCAAUUGGGCUUAUCCACGAACGAUAGAAAAUUUAAACAAACGUCAAACAAUUAUUCGAAAUAAAUUAAAUGCAAUCAAACAUCAACUCGUGAUACAUUUAAAAGAAGAGUCAUUCAUCGCUCGGCAUUCGCUAAAUAAAUCGAUUGAUCAUUUAAAUCUUAUAUCGACAGCAAUCAGAGAAUUUGUACAUAAAGGUCAACAGCGUUUACGCACCAUGUAUGAAGAACAAAAACUUAUAUUUCAAUUUGAUCGCACCGAUCUUCAUCUUGUUAAAUCAUUCUACGAUUUGAAUCCGAACAAGGAACAACUCCUCAAUGUUCAAAAACUUUGGCGAAGCAAAGUGAAGGCUUCUAAACGAGCCAUCCGAGAGUGCAAUAAUAAUUCAUCGCUUCAUCAUGAACCAAAUACUGGAGACAAUAAUCAAGGGGAUAAUAACACACUUGAAGAUUUUGUUGAUUACUUCGAAGAUACAUUUAUUGGUCGUGUCAUUCGUAAUAAUCGUCGUCGUGCUCCACCUUUUUCAGUUAACAUGUGGAACUGUUUUUCACGUUUAGAUGAAGAACUUCCACGAACAAAUAAUUCAUCAGAGGGAUGGAACCGAGCCAUCAAAAAUUCAGCUCGUGAAAAUCCUUCAAUAUAUGAAUCAAUAGCAGACUUACGAAUCGAACAACACUCAAAUCUUAUCUUAGCUGAACAAUUAGAGGCUGGUGUCGUAAAGACACGAAAACGUAUUAAAUACGAAAUGCUUAAUGAACAGCUCCAACAAUUAGCAUCAAAUUUCUAUUUAUUACCCAGAGACAUAUAUUUCAAAAAAGCAAGAGCUCUAUUCAAUUUUUGA